GACAUUAUUUUCGUAUAUUGUGAAAUAGGUUUGAUUAGUAUAACUUCGCCCCUGGUUCACUAUUUGGUAUCAUAGCACUACGAAAAUAUCUGUGCUCACUAUAAGGGCGCUUCUACAGAUAUAAUAAUUCAAGGGUUUAUUGUAAUAGUGGGAUAACUGACCUUCGUCAGUGAAGGGUAUUUUUUGUUUUGAUUCCAUAUCACAUGUGAGAUUUUGAAAAAUCAUUGUGAGGACGUAAAUUGUCACUGAUUCUAUUAACUGCGCAAGAACCAUUUAAAUGUACGCUUCUACCUUUAGAUUUCUAAUUGCCAAUAGGCAACAACUAGUCCUGAAGCUUAGACGAGCCAUGUCAACAACCAAAAAUUAUGACCUUUUGGUGCUUGGAGGUGGUUCUGGAGGAUUAGCAGCAGCUAGAAGAGCCGCAGAAUUUGGUGCAUCAGCAGUUAUCUUUGAUGGAGCUUAUGUUGGCGGUACUUGUGUAAACGUUGGUUGUGUACCGAAAAAGGUUACUUAUUAUGCCGCAAAUCACGCAGAUUUUAUAAGAAAUAAUCUUGAUUAUGGAUUUCAUGUAGAGUACAAAAGUUUUGAUUUUGCAACGUUCAAGAAGAAAAGAGACGACUAUAUUAAGCGAUUACAUUCUAUUUACUUUUCCAAUUUGAAUAAAGCAAAUGUCGAUUGGGUUAAUGCCUAUGGAUCAAUCACCCCUGAUGGUUCCAUUCAAGCUGAUGGUAAAAUAUAUAAAGGAAAACAUAUUAUAAUUGCUACAGGAUCUACACCAAUUCUGCCAACAAAUAUUCCCGGAUAUGAUUUAGGUAUGACAUCUGAUGGAUUUUUUGAAAUGGAAGAAUUACCCAAGAAAUCAGUUAUUGUUGGAGCGGGCUAUAUAGGAGUAGAAUUAGCUGGAAUGCUUCAUGGGUUAGGAACUGAUGCAACGUUGGUUAUAAGAAAGGACAGAGUUUUAAGAAACUUUGACGGAGAUUUAAGUAGAGAAGUGACAGCCUCUUUAGAAACGGAAGGUGUCAAUCUAAAACGUAACAGUCAAGUGGCUGAGGUUGUGAAAGACGGAAAUAAAUUGAAAAUCACUCUGGAUGAUAAUUCUACUAUCGAUCAAGUUGAUAAUCUUAUUUGGGCUGUUGGAAGAAGACCAAAUUCAGAGAAGCUUAAUUUGGAAUCAGUUGGAAUCAAAACAGAUAAAAUAGGGAAUAUCGUUGUUGACGAAUUUCAGAAUACUUCCGUUCCAAACUUUUAUUCCAUAGGGGAUGUUUGUGGGCAUGCUCAGUUAACUCCAGUAGCAAUAGCCGCUGGCAGGAAGCUAGCACAUCGAAUAUUUAAUGGGGAAAAGAAUUCAAAAUUGGAUUAUUCAGCAAUACCUACUGUUGUUUUUUCUCAUCCUCCUUCAGGUACUAUUGGACCAUCUGAAGAGGAAGUAAGAAGUCUCUAUCAAGAAGAUCAAAUAAAAAUCUACAAGACCGCAUUUACCCCCAUGUACAACGCUCUUACAACUCAUAAGACUAGAACUUUUAUGAAGUUAAUUUGCAUUGGCAAAGAUGAAAGGGUUAUUGGUCUACAUAUGAUUGGUCAUGGAUGUGAUGAGAUAUUACAAGGAUUCGGAGUUGCAAUUAAAAUGGGCGCAACGAAAAAACAAUUCGAUUCCUGCGUAGCCAUUCAUCCUACUUCUGCCGAAGAACUUGUAACCAUGCGUUAAAAUAGUAUAAACUAUUUGCCGUGUCUUUUUUGUAGAUUGACAUCCAUAAAUUUAAAUAUAAUAAAUCAAUUUAUCAAUAACAAACUCUCUAAUUGUCAGCUAGAUGGCGUUGGUAUUGAAAUUCUGCAAAAAAAAAAAACACGAAAGCAUAUAUCAAAAAGUAAUAACUGAAAAAUAUGUUACCUAUGUGAUAAAAAACUGUUGUUCAAUAGUUCAAUACUUGUUUUGAAAAAUGGAAAAGAAGCACUAACAUCUUCUCUAAAGAGCAAUUAAUCAUUUCUUAACUAAAUUCUAAUAGAAGUAUAUUUCUGAAAUUUUAAAAGUGAAGAAAUCUUCUAUUAUGAAUUUUUGUUUACUUGGAUAAAAAGAGAGAUUAAUUUCUAUUGUAACGGACUUAGGUCGCCUUGAAAGAUGAUAGGUGAUAAUGGGGUAAAAGAUAGUUCUCAUGAGAAGCCUAAAAUACAAUUGAGUCAGUUAUAUUUAGAAACUUAAUAACCAUCAUAUACUAAAAUAGAAAAAUACAAUUUCAUUGAUGAGUAGUCGACAGAAGAAAACUUAAGAACUGGAAAAUGAUAGCAUUGGGCGGGCGUCAUUUGGCAUUCGUUGUCGUUCAAUUUGGCUGUCUACUAAUGGGUAUUAUCACUGGGGGAGUAGCUAUAAACGUCCUUCAAGUGGUUUAUACAGAUUGGGUGAUAAAAGUUUUCUCAGUUACGGAUGGAAGGAAAUUAGAUGAGACAACAUUUCUUUCUAUAUCCUUAGUAAUUAACAUAAUUGGUAGCAUCAUUAUGAUAGUACUCUCCUCUUUUGGGGCAUACGCUGCAAAUAUUAAUCAGGGAACAAUUUUAGAGAUUUUUAUCUUGUCCAUUAAUGGGCUCUUCAUGCUACAGAGCACUUCAAUAGUUUUUCCUUCCAGAUUUUAUGCUACAUUUCUAGAUAAGCUAGAUUGUAGCAUGAGAUCCCACCUAAAGUCUUACUACAUGCGAAAAUCAGGUAGCGAUUUUUCAGCAGAUCUUGAGGGUUUCCCUUAAUUGUUAAACGGAAUUUAAGCUCCCUGGAUAAAGGGCAAUAUUUUAGGCCAAAAUUUCCUCCUUCUUCGCGUAAAUCAUCAAAUUGUAAAGCAUAUUCAAAAACUAGAUAUCUGAAACACUGAAAUUUGACUUUAUCUGAUUUGGAAGGGAUGUCUUGCUACAGAAAUUUAUCAAAAACAGCGACGUAAACAACAUCUUCUGCUAUGAACCAAUCCUUAGUUUAAUUGGUUACUGAACUGAAACAGCUUUAGCCUGUUCGAUUUUGAAUGUUGUAGUCCAAGUUAAAUAAACUUUGUUCAUUAACAUAAUAUACUGUAUAUAUACUGUAUAUAUACUGUAUAUAUAUCACUUGCUUUCAUAGAUUCUGUCGUUAGUUGUUGGACUUCGAUUACUUAGAAUAAUUCCCUUGUAAAUAGAUUAGAAUUCUGAGAUAAAUGAAUCAUAGAUAAAUGACCAAGAGAAAGAAAACGAUGAUAAAAAUAUCAAGAAAUAUAUUGUUAUAACAUUAUAAAAAGUAGAGAAGUAGAAUUGUUACUUACUACUUUUGCUAUUUUGCUAUAGUGCUUUAGUUCAUUUGACUAUUUUUUUUUCCUAUUCGUUAUUG